CCUCAAAACAAGCUGACGUCAAACUGACGUAUGCGGAAGUGUUGGAGCAAAAUUGAAAAUACAAUGGAGCUGCAGCUCGUUAUUUGGGCAAACUCUUCUUAAUAAAAACACAAAUUUAUCGGUAAAUAUUUCAAAAACUCUUCUGCUCGAUAGGACAAAAGGACAAAAUAGGAGCAGCUCAGUGUCAGGACUCUCCUGGUUUCGUCUCAUGUCUUCUGGCUGUCCUCCUCAAUCCCCCGCCGUGGCGAAGCUAGAGAUCGCCGUGGAUGGAGAAUGCCCUCUCUUGGCUGCCACUUUCGCCUACUGGGACAACAUCCUGGGCCCGCGCGUGCGCCACAUCUGGGCUCCAAAGGGCGACCAGCUGAUGUUCCUCAGCGAUGGAGAGGUCACAUUUCUGGCCAAUCACACGCUCAAUGGGGAGAUUCUCCGAAGCGCAGAAAGCGGCGCCGUGGAUGUGAAGUUUUUCGUCCUGGCGGAGAAGGGCGUCAUCAUUGUGUCGCUCAUCUUCGAUGGCGAGCUGAAGGGGGAUAAGAACACGUGUGCCUUGUCCAUUAUUCUGCCUCAGACGGAGCUGUCCUUCUACCUGCCCCUGCAUGCUGUCUGUGUGGACAGGCUAAAGCACGCAAUCCGCAGAGGACGCAUUUGCAUGCAGAAGGGCUUUAGCAUCAUAUCAGUUCUAAGCUCAGAGAUUGUUCCCAUAAUGGAGCUGCUGGCCUCAAUGAAGUCUCACAGUGUGCCUGAAGACAUAGAUAUAAAAGACACCGUGCUAAACGACGAUGACAUCGGAGACAGCUGCCAUGAGGAUUUCCUCCAUAAAGCCAUCAGUUCUCAUCUGCAGACGUGCGGCUGUUCAGUAGUCGUCGGUAGCAACCCAGAGAAAGUCAAUAAGAUUGUGCGGACUCUCUGCCUCUUCCUCACCCCAGCUGAGCGAAAGUGCUCUCGCCUCUGCAGGGCCAACUCCUACUUUAAAUACGACACAGGCCUUUUCGUUCAGGGUCUGCUCAAGGAUUCCACAGGUAGCUUUGUCCUGCCCUACCGACAGGUGCUCUACUCCCCUUACCCAAGCACGCACAUUGACGUUGACAUUAACACGGUCCAGCAGAUGCCGCCGUGCCACGAGCACACGUACAAGCAGCGGCAGUACAUGCGACAGGAACUGAGUACGCUCUGGAAGGCGGAGAGCGAGGAGGACCCUUCUCCAGACAAAAUCAUCCACACCGAUGAAAACUUCACCCCUGACCUGAAUAUUUUCCAAGAAGUCAUGCAUAAAGACACAUUGGUCAAAUGUUUUAUAGACGAGGUGUUCAUGCUGAAGCCAGGCCUGUCCCUGCGGAGCACGUAUCUGUCCCAGUUCCUGCUGCUGCUUCACAGGAAGGCUCUCACUCUGCUCAAGUACAUCGAGGACGAAACACAAAAGGGCAAGAAGCCGUUUCGAUCGUUGCGUAAUUUAAAGACGGAUCUGGAUCUGAAAGAGGAAGGAGAUCUGAAUAUCAUUAUGGCUUUUGCUGAGAAGCUGAAGUCCGGACUCCACUCGUUUGUGUUUUGGAAGCCAUUCUACACCAGCAUGCAGGAGCGAGACGCCCUCACGAACUUCUGAUUUUGCUCAUGUGCACUUUUGUGUCUUGACUGUUUUGCUGUAUUAUGUGAAUUGGUUUUUAUUACUACAUAAAAGCUGGAAGUCAUUCAAUGCUGUCAUUAACCAGUGUUUUAUUUCAAUCAAUACAGAUUGAAUGCUGUCCCAAAAAAUGUUACUGCUGGAAUGAGCCUUUAGGAUUUCAUGCUUUUUGUGUGGAAAAAUUCCUGAUAUAGAAAUAAUUCAUAAAUCGUACACUUUUUAAUUGAGGGUCAGAAUUAAAUAUUGCCCACAGAAUAAAAAUGUUAUUUAAUUUUUUUAAAAGUGUCUUGUUUAAUUAGUGCCUGUGUCAAACAGCUUUUGUUGGCCUUUUAACAUUUUUUUAUGUAUUUAUUUUGAUAUGAUUCUAGCAUGUUGUGAAUGUUAAUGUUCCAGACCUGUGACCUCACAGGUUGUAGAAGUUGACAGUACUGGUACUUGGAAAUAAAACUGUAUAAAGAAAAAUAUACCAGAGGUAUUUGUCGCAGUGGCCUCAUUAAAACACAUUUGUUGUGCGUA